GAGCCGGCUCCCUCGCCUCCUGCCAUAGACUACUCGUCAGACUCCCCGUGGAGGAUUGGGAGGCCAUCUACAGCAGCGAUGACUAUAUCCGCAAGCCCCGCACGCAGCCUAUCCCCGAGACCACCGAGGCGGACAGGUAUCCCUCGGAAGAUGAGAGCCUUCCCGAUGCGUGGAAUGCCGUCUGCAUUGUCGGUUUCAAAGUGUUCUCGCGCGAUUCUAACCUUGAGCUUCGCGUAGUCAUGGAGGGAGGCGACAUGCUGGAGGGUGGCAUGGGCCAGAAGGGCGAGAAGGACCUCGAUAACGCGCAGGCCAACGCUGCCGGCGAGCGUGAGGAAACCUGCAACGCCUUCACUACGUAUAAUCCCAUCGUUGUCGCUGGCGAAGACCAGAAGGACCCCGAGGCCAAAUCCGAAUCCAAGUCUGCGGAGCAGACCGAGGAUGAGGAUGGUGAUGACGAGUCGGAAGGCGAUGACGAAGCAGAGGCACAGGCUACGGACACGAAAGAGGGAGAUGUCCCCGUCCCUGCCCCCGUAUCUACCCCCAAGCCCGAAACGGAGGUUGUCGUCGCAGACGAGCCAGUGGAACCUGCGCAGGUGGACACACCCAAGGAUCCUGAGACGGAGGCAAAGGUUGAGGAACCCGCCCCAGAGGAGCCACCCGUCGCCGAGUCCAAGGACAAGUCCGCAAGCGAUGAGAGCGGGACGAAGGAGGAAGAGAUGAAGUUGAAGGAAGAGCUGAUGAUGAAGAGAGAGGCGGAGCUGAAGAAGAGGGAGGAAGAGAUGCGCAGAAUGGAGGAGGAGAUGAGGAAGCUCGCCGAGGAGAUGAGGCAGCGCGCUGAGGAGAUGAAGGAGAUGAAGCGCACUGACGAGAGGAAGAAGUGCGAGAACGACCAGGCGAAGGAGGAGGAUGACUACGUCAACUGUGAGGAUUCAUCCGACACCUCCUCGGUCGGCGUACGCACGCCUGAACCUACGCCCUUUGAUGACCUCAAGAACGAGAUCCUCGGCUAA